AUGACUCACGUAGGGUUGUUGGCAUGCUGCGCUGGCCUUCUCGCCAGCGUCGCCGCACUACACUUCUCAUCGGCGCUAUCCCUUCGUUCUGGCACAGCGAUGUCUCAGCAAAACAGCCUCGGCACAAAUUUAUUUGUAUCCGGUCGAGAUUCGUUGCGGACGAUAACUCCUCCCCAAGCCGAAAAGAAAACUAGCGAUUGCCUGGCCAUCAUAAACAAGCUAAGGAGCGAAAAUCUCAAGGACCUCUUGGGAACCCUAACCGAGGCAGGGGAUGAAGAGGCGACUGAAAGCCUGAAGAAGAUUGAAAUAAAGGACCCAGCAGAAUCUACUGCUGCGAAAAUUGCAGUGAAGCUCGCAGGUACCGACGUCCAGAAAUGUGAAUCGGGCAAGGGCGCAAAUGCGACGGUGUAUCCCGGACUCGUUAUUCCAUUCCCGCAUGACACGGAGUUCAACUGCAACGCAUUGAUCCAGGCGACUUACACUGCUGGACUCGACCACCUCAAACAAUCGAACUUCGAGCCCUCAACAGGAACAUAUGAUGUUGAAAACGCUCCAUUUAAUAACGUGAACGCCAGCAAUGUGGCGUUUCUGCUAUCGGAGAAAAGCAAAAAGGUCUCAUGUGCCGCCACCAAAGACUGCAAAGCUGGCCACGACGUUUUAUUCUGCUACUUCAUAGAUCCACUUCGAAAAGAAGACAAGCCUUUCACAGCGGAGCUUUACAAUGCUCUGUGGGGAUUGGAAGCAGGCGCAGCGUCCAUCUCAGUUCCCAGCGUUGUCACCGUUCUUUUGGCCCUCGCUCUGAUCAUUCGGGCUUGA